AGUUUGCAGGGGGAUCACUUAAGAAUGAUUAGGAUCAGGAUUUUCCUGUCGAAAUGAAAAUUGGAUGACAAGGAUUCCGUUUCCAUCCCAGAUAGGAGCUGACCAGUUUACUUUAUCAUAAAGCUUGGUAGCAUUAUUCCUUAUGGACAAUCUUGCCACCCAACAAAACUAGAAAUUACACUAUUCAUUCUCACAGAAAAAGCUUAAAAGCCGUCAGUUGGAAUGGCCUUUUCAAGGUCUUAAACAAGGAAAGAGGAAGCAGAAGCACUAGAGAGAAGAGUUUAGGGAGCAAAAUCUCUUCAAGAAAAGCCACAAAAAGAAGGUGAAAGUUCAAGCUUUUCACUAAUGGGUUCUCAUUGUUGUAGCUCACCAUGAACUGUUGAACAUGAUAAUAACUUAUAAGCACCAAAUAAUGAAUUUCCAUCUUUAUCCUCUUCUAGUUGCCAAGUCAGCCUGCCCCUAUUCUUGGCCAGUCAUGGAUUUCAAUGAAGGAGAUGGACCUCGUUUUUUCAAACUUGUUCAUGAAAGUACCAUCGCUGAGGGAAAACUUAUGGUUCCAAACAAGUUUGUUAGACAACAUGGAAAUUGUCUGUCAAGUCCAGUAAUUACCCUUGAGGUCCCAAGUGGUGCCAAAUGGGAAGUUGAGCGGUUGAACAAUGAGGGAGAGAUUUGGUUGGGUGAGGGUUGGAAAGAAUUUGCCCAGCAUCACUCUCUUGAGCAAGACUACGUUAUAUUUUUCAAACAUGUUGAAGAUUGUCAUUUCGAUGUGAUCAUAUGUGAUGAAAGUGGAUUAGAAAUAGAGUACCCAGACCAUGACAGUGAUGUUGUUGAAGUUAUAGAGCUUGAUAUGGAAGAAGAAGAAGAAGAGCAAGAACAAGAACAAGAACAAGAACAAGGAGGAGAAGAUGGCAUUCAAUUGGUGCAUGAAAAUUGUAAUGGCAAGCAAGCUAUAAAGGCUUUCCCUUCCAUUACUUCUCCAGCACUUGAAGCUUCAGACAACUUCACUACAAAUUACCCAUCCUUCAAGAAGGUUGUGCAGCCAGACCAUCUGGAGCAUAGCAAUAUGAAUGUACCAGUCAGUUUUAUACAAAAACAUAUGGAGAGCAAAACACACACUGUGAUGCUUCAAGUUGCAGAUAGAGCAUGGACUGUGAAGUUAAUGUACUAUCCAAGCAGCAACAUGGGUUGCCUAAGCUAUGGUUUCUCCAAAUUUGCAAGGGAAAAUUCUCUGGUUGUUGGAGAUGUUUGUGUGUUUGAACUCAUCCAGAGAAAUGUGCUGAAAGUUUCAAUUUUCAAAUCUAAUUGUACAUGGAUGGGAAAAUAGUUCUGUAACUGAACUUCUAUCUUUUCAUCAUUAUCUUUAAGCACUUUACUUAUGGUCAGGGAAAGACAUACAGUGAGCUUGUUAUGCUUUUAGCGCUCUUGUUUUGUCUUGUAAGGUGAGAUCAAUCUUUGCAAGGUUGAUGGACGUUGGAGCUUUGAGACAGAAGUGACAAUGUUGGUGUAUGGUAGGUUGCAAUUAGUGUUUUAAACAUUGUA